GUUGAAGGAACUGGUGUCCAAACAAACUGGCUAAGCUCAGGCUUAGCUGCAGAUAAAAGUUAUAAUAUGUGACUCGUCAUAUUUUCGUAAUUUGAGACACAAAACAAAACAACAACAAUAACAAAAAAAAUCCUAUAAUGGAUAUGUUUAAUAAACUGACGACUCUUUUCCAGCAGGCCCUGGAAACAAGAGAGCCUUCAGAAAAUCUGCUCGACUCUUUCGUCGAUCACUGGAAAGGAAUAACCAACUACUACAUUGAAACUACAGAUGAGGCGCAGCCGGUGAAGCAAACGGACAUCCCGUGGAGACUGAAGCAGAUGCUGGACAUCCUGGUGUAUGAGGAGAGAGAGCAGGACGUGGAGGAGACAGGGCCAUGCAUGGAGUACCUGCUCCAACACAAACUGCUGGAGACACUGUGCACGCUGGGAAAGGCACAGUAUCCUCCUGGAAUGAGCCAGCAGGUCCUGCUGUUUUUCUCCAAACUCCUGGCGCAGAUCCAGAAGCCCAUGCUGCAUGUGAUUAACGUGUAUCGACCCGUACAGAAGCUGAUCCGUCUAUGUGGGCUCCCUGACUCGCAAACAGAGAAGGAGGAAUCGCUGUUUCUUUUUACCAUUUGUUCUCGUGUGAAGAAAGACCCGUACGUCCUCAACUACAUCCUGGAGACGGAUAAAGAAGGCCAGCCUCAGAGAUGUAGCUCCGUGUCAGGGGAAGGUGUGGAAGGAGCCGGUGGAGGAUCCAGUCCAGAGGACUCGGCUUCCCCUUCCACGCAGAGCUCGAACCAGCCAGACACGGGUUUUAUCCGGAUCCUCGUGCAGCUUGGGAAAAGCCAGAAAAGCCGCGUUGCCUUGCGGGCGAUGGAGAGCGUGCUAAUCCUGACCAGCGUUCCUCACGUGGACACGUCCAAGCUUCUGGCAGAGGAAACUCCACUGUGUGACCUUCUAGCAGAGAGAGCGUGCGAGCUCUACGGCGCCAUCCCCGUCACACUCCAUCCCGAAGACAUACACAGCUACACCAUCAAACAGUGGAGGAUUCGGUUGUCCCCGGUCAGCGCGGAGGAAACCCAGACGUUUCCGGCGCAGGAGCACGUGGACAAGUUCUUCUGCUGGCUCGACUACUGUGACCAGCUCAUUAAAGACGCGCCAGAGGUGCUCGCCGUUAAACUCGCCAGAGCUCUUCACCAGCAGUGGCUUACUGGAAUCGUUCAGCCCCAGCUGCUACAGAUGUCCGAGGUUGGCGUUCUGGUCCACACGGCUCUCCUGUCACGCUGCGUCCAUCACAUACGCUCCGCCGUCCUUCUGCACGAGCUGGUGCACUUCCUGCUAGGCGGCGACACGCACCGGGAGCAGCAGACCGCCACGCCCCCGCACUCACACGUGCUACGCUACCAUCUCAUCAAGCAUUGCGACCACAUCUCAGACGAGAUUAGCGUCGCAACAUUACGGCUCUUCGAGGAACUCCUGAAGAAGCCCGACAAGCUCAUCCUGACCAACCUGGUGCUGCGGAACCUCGAGACUCGCUCCUAUAGGAUGCCGGGUUCAGGGGGCGUCGACGAGAGAUCAGGAGCUGAUCUUGAGUUCCUGGAAGAGUCAGAGGAGAUGGAGGAAGAUCCUUUCUUCACAGACAGCGAGUUCAGCGGCUCGGAGCGUUUACUCUCCAUGUCCCGGGAAGACAGAAAGUCCAGCGCGCGCCCACAGAUAGCUGAAACCGUUAACAGUUUUCUCUGUCUAGUUCCCCAAGAGGCAAAAACGUCCCAGCAUGCACAAGGAGCGGGAUAUGACACGUACGUCCACGAUGCUCUAACAUCGCUGAAAGAGUGUUCGGCUGUGUCUGCGGACUGGGGUUGGCCGGACGCCCCGAAACCCAUCGGAGUCCACUCCGACAGCGCAGACUUCUACGAAGGGCACUUCCUCAAAGUGCUGUUGGACAGGAUAGCACGCAUACUGGAGCAGCCAUACGAGCUGAACCUUCAGGUGACGUCGGUGCUGUCUCGGCUGGCCGCGUUUCCCCACCCUCAUCUUCACGAGUACCUGCUGGACCCCUACGUUAGCCUGAGCCCCGGCACUCGCUCGCUCUUCUCUACGCUCGUCCGAGUGAUCGGCGAGCUGAUGCAGAGGAUCCAGCACAUCCCAGACUUCACCCAGAGACUCGUCACAGUCAGGAAACAGCUCACGGGCCUCGAGGAGGAGACUGUAGUGGAUCACGGUAUCCUGUUGAAGGGCGUGAUCGUACUGGAGGAGUUCUGUAAGGAGCUGGCAGCCAUCGCCUUCGUCAAACUUCCCAUGGGCGAUCAGGAGCAUCUCUCGGCCCCUUAAAUAAACACAGGGUGCUGUGAAACUUCAGGUGCUUCAGAGGAACGCAGGACUGUCAACGCAGGGUACAAUACACUGUGGUAUGGGUCACUACCGCUAAGGGUCGGUACCGUUGCCUCGUUGAUGGUCAAACGUGGUUGGACUUGACUGCUUUUCUCCAGCCAUUUUGAAGACUAAGAGACACGUGGUGCCUUUAAAACAGUCAGGAACUGACUGGAUGAACGAUGAUAACGAAUGACUUUCAGCUUCUAUAGUAGGUAAAAUAUUUAAAGUGAUCCAGGCGAGUUCUUCGUCUCAGUCACUACACUAACGCUAAAACUGAGAAAAAUGGCUCCGAAUAUUAUUGUCAUAUCUGUCCAAAAGUGAUGAAGAUGCAGUGGCCUUAUUUAGUAUUAAUAAUGUGUAUUUUUAUACACAGAAAUCAUGACAAAACUAUUAUUUUUAGAUUUUUUUUUUUUUAACCAAAAUUACAGUUAUUCUAAUUUGAUCAAAUCCAUGAAUGCACAUUUUUCCAUAGAAAUUUAAGCGGCAUAGUCAAGAUAAUCCUUGCUGCUGAAUCAAACGUCCAGGAGGUUGAAAUGGACCUGAUGCAACUCCUCCUAUAAACCUAACCCUAAGCCGUGGGACAACACAAAACAACACACACACUUAUCCAGCCUGAAACACUGAGUUCCGACACCUAUUGGACUUUUUUGUUCGAGUCUGCACAAGUAUUAAGAGCUGGAUUAGGUCUAACUCCACCCCCUGGACUUUUGAUUCGAGUCUGCACAGGUAGAAGGAGCUAGAUCAGGACUAACUCCACCCCCUGGACUUUUGAUUCGAGUCUGCACAAGUAGGAGGAGCUGGAUCGAUCUAACUCCACCCCUGGACUUUUGAUUCGAGUCUGCACAGGUAGAAGGAGCUAGAUCAGGUCUAUGUCCACCCCCUGGACUUUUGUUUCUGCAGCAAGGGGUACUUGACGUACUUAGCUGGAACAGAGCAAUAAUCUAGUGUGGUAGAGAAGAUCACCUUUAUCUGCACACGUCAUGAAAUAGAUAAUGCACACGCUUAAUCGGCUGCCCAUAAACGCUGCCUUAUCUAGGCAGCCUAAUCCCAAAGAGUACAGAAUAGGCACGGGUAGCGACCGUAUCGAAUUGAAGCGUUCAUGCUAAAACAUUUUGCACAUUGUAUAUUAAGUUAUAUCGUAUAACUGAUUAUCAGUUAGUUAGUGAGCUACAUUUGAGGUAAGGGGGAAACAUAACACCAAGAACAAAAAAAAAAAAAGUCUAGAGUUUGGAGGAUCCUGAGCCAUAUCACAUCUCACCUUCGUGUCAUCGAGUUUCCCAUAGCGACAGCAGAAUUAUCAGCUUUAAUGCGUGUUUAACGUUUAAGUAUCAUGAUCAUAUCACAGAAGUGUUUAGGAGACUUGAGCCAUUUCUGCGCAUUAGUUAAGUCUUAUAUUAUUAUUUAUAUUAUAUUAUUAUUAUCAUAGGCUUUGAAUUGAGUACGGAAAAAAGUCUUUAUUACGUGUGAUACGUUACAUAUGGAUAUUUAAUAAUUAUCUGAUGUGUUUUAAUGUUACGUAGCUGACCCAAACAGUAAGUCUGCAGAUACGUCUGGUCGUGCGUUUCGUCUUCCGAUUCCUCUCUUUUUCACUCUAUUCAUUUUUUUUUUCCCUAAAAAGAGUCUCAGUCCUUAUCGCUGUGACGUUAAUUAAGAUGUUCUCAGAGAUCUGUGUAAACAUGGACAAUAUAAAGAUGAUAAUCACGACA